GCUGGCAGACAGCCCGCCCGCUGCUUGCAGCCCGGCACCAUGAGCCCCGACACCAUGUCCCCCGCCGCCGGGAGUUCACCCUCUCCGGAUCGACCUCCACUAUCACCGAGCGUCGACCGCGGCCAUCUAAUAUCUCUCUCCAGUCUCUACACCCGCAUGUGCGUAUUGUCGGCCCCGGUGCCCCGCGCGUGCGUGCGUGCGUGCAUAUAUACGCUGCGCAUCGAUGCUACUGUGUUGCCGGAGUACGCAGCUAGCUUAGCUACCUCGAAGUCUUCAACUGUGAUCAGAUCACGUACAGGGGAAACCGCUGUCCUGUCCGAGGAGAGGAGCCACCGGCGCCAUGGAGCUGGAGCUGGAGCUGGGGCUUGCACCGCCGAACCACGCGGGUGCGUGCGGCAAGAGGGGGACGAAGGAGGCGUUCGGGAUCAACGAGGCAACGCUGCCACUCUUCCUUCGCGACGAUGACGACGGGGGUGACCACGGCAGCGGCGACGCUCGCCACUGGGAAAUGGGCAACAAGAGGAAGAGGCUGGUGGGGUGGCCGCCGGUGAAGAUCGGGCACCGCCCGCGCAGCAACGGCGGCCACGUGAAGGUGAAGAUGGAAGGGGUGCCCAUCGGGAGGAAGGUGGACCUGUCCCGCCACGCCUCCUACCACCAGCUCCCCCACACGCUCCGCCUCAUGUUCCCCUCCUCCACCAAUCACUAUGGUGAUCCAGAUGUAUGGGAGGAGCCGGGCCGGCAUGGCUGCCGCCGUGGUCGCGCCCCAUACGCGGUCACCUACGAGGACGGGGAUGGAGACUGGAUGUUAGUUGGAGACGCGCCGUGGGAGGACUUUGCCAGGUCGGCCAGACGGCUCAAGAUACUACUCGUGUAACCAACUACAGUACUUGCCAUUGCUAGUUGAGUUUUGUUGUCAUGGAUCUGUACUGGCCGGCGUGUGUGACUAAUUAGUUUUAGCGCACUGAAUAAUUUUUGUACAUGUUGCGGUCACGUCGACAAGUAUGGGACUUUCUGAGUUUCUCUCUCAGGUCCGAUGUUUAAUCGGCAACAUAACAAGUUUGGUCUUCACCGAAGUGUCGGAGAAUUA